GGUUUUGGCUACCAGCUUACACGGCUUCAUCGGACGGUCGCCGUUUCACCCGCAGAUUGAAACGGAUGGUGCUGGAUGUGGAGGCACGAUCCUUUUCGUGCCUCCGUUUUCCUGGUAUGAGAAGAGAAGCUAUCUCGUCGCACAAACCCCACUAUAAAUAUGGCUGCACUUCCUUUGACCUCUCCCCGCUUACUCGUUUCUCUUCAACGCUUCCCCUUCCCGCCCUUGGAUCUUCCCUUCUUUCCCCAACCCAAAUUUCCCACCUUCCUUCCUAAUCAACGGCUAGGGUUUCUCCGCGUGGUCUGCUGCAGAAGCAUGGCCCAGUCAUCGACAGCUGUUCAUGUGAAGGAGAAGAUUGAUCUGACGGACAAGGAGAAGAAGAUCUUUGGCCUAUUGGUCGACGCGCUUCAGCAUUCCCAGCUCAAAACUCAGCUCCGAGUCGCGGGCGGUUGGGUUCGAGAUAAGCUUCUGGGCAAAGAAUGCUAUGAUAUUGAUAUUGCGGUGGAUGAUAUGCUGGGUCGGGAGUUCUGUGAAAAGGUCAAUGAAUAUUUGUCAUACACUGGGGAAGAAGAGCACAGUAUUAGUGUUAUCCAGAGCAAUCCCGAUCAAUCCAAACACUUGGAAACUGCAAGGAUGCGUAUAUUUGAUACUUGGAUUGAUUUUGCAAACUUGAGAUCUGAAACGUAUGCGGAGAAUAGCCGUAUUCCGACAAUGAAGUUUGGCACUGCUGAAGAAGAUGCAUAUCGGAGGGAUCUAACCAUCAAUAGCUUGUUUUACAAUAUAAACACUGAUUCAGUUGAAGAUUUAACUGGAAGAGGUUUAGAAGAUCUGAGAUAUGGGAUGAUUGUUACACCCUUACCUCCAAAAGCUACUUUUUUGGAUGAUCCACUUCGAGUCCUUCGGGCUAUUCGUUUUGGUGCAAGAUUUGGAUUUGUACUCGAUGAAGAAUUGAAAAAAGCUGCCUCAGAUGCGGAGGUGAAAGCUGCACUUGCAGAUAAAAUUAGCAGAGAGCGCAUUGGUCAUGAAAUUGAUCUCAUGAUGUCUGGAAAUCAUCCGGUUAAAGCAAUGGCCUAUAUUUGUGAUUUACAUUUGUUUUGGGUUGUCUUCUGUCUUCCAGAUGAUUCCGAGCCUGCAGUGGUUGAUGGAUCUGAUAGGCUUUGUGUAGCAUAUAUGGAUGCUGCAUGGAAAAUUUUAGAAGCAUUAGGAUGCUCCAUGCUCAGUGAUGAUCAGCGCAGGCUUUACUUGUACGGGGCAUUACUUCUCCCACUAAGAAAAUCAGUUUAUACAAACAGGAAAGCCAAAAAGAUUCCCAUUGUUAACCAUAUCUUUCAAAAUUCCCUCAAGCUCAAAAAUAAAGAUGCUGAAAUGGUUAUCAGCUUACAUAGUGCAUCAGAGAGAUUUAUUUGUUUAAGUCUCAUAGCAUCAAGUGACGACUCAGAAGUUGUUAAGACAGAUCUGGAAGAAGAAAGCAUGGAUGUACCUCUGUCUUCAAGAAGGCGAAUACUAGCAGGAUUGCUUCUACGACAGAUUAAAGAUUUUUGGCGUGCUGCCCUGUUGAUAUCAACUCUGUUAUACCCCGAUGUGGAUGAUGCUGAAAAGUUUCUUGCUCAGCACUUUGAAUUGGACCAAAGAAGAGAAUGGUUCAAGAGAGUGGAGAAUUCUAUUAUGGAACUAGAUCUUGACAAUGUGUGGAAAGUGAAACCUUUGCUGGAUGGGAAUGCUAUCAUAAAUGCUCUGCAAGUUAAGCAGGCAGGGCCUGAAGUUGGGGAAUGGCAUAAAAAAGUGCUCAAAUGGCAGCUUGCCUAUCCUUCCGGUAAUGCAGACGAAUGCAUCGAUUGGAUUAGGCAAUCUCAAGCUAAACGUGCGAAGCUGGAAUGACUGUCAAAUCUGAGUUCCACCAUGGAGUCCACCAUUUCGACCAAGAUGGUGCUUUACAGAGAUCUGCACCGAAAACUAGAAAUGUGUUUUUACGAUUAUAUGCAUGGCCCGACUUGCAACUCAUACCUGUUAUCUGUCGUCCGGUCAGAGAGACUUCACCAGGCAGCUCUGAAGGAGAAUUUUGUUCUAUCUCGCUUUGUUUUUUCUGCAUAGUUUGAUAAUUAUCAAUUUAUUUUUUCAUAGUUUUUGUGUUGCCACAAUUUAAUCUUGCAUAAAAUCAAUUGUAAAACUAAUUCAGAUAGACUAAUGGCAAUUUUCUUUUACAGUUUC